AUGAAAUACGAGUAUAAUAGGGAAGUGUACACGGAGUACGUAAGCGUAAUGGAGGCCAGCGGAAUAGAAGUUCCGGAUGAGCUUGAGGGUGUGUACAAGAGGUACAUAAAGGCACAGAUGGAAGAAAUCCCAUACACAGACAACUCCAUUCUAAGGAUGUACACGCUUGUUUUCUUCCUUAAGUACGUUAAGCAGAUGCAGGGCGCAGUCAAGUUCAAAAGCAUAUACUCCAAGCUGGAAAUGCAGAAAAAGCUGAUCACAAGAGCGAUGGAGACAGUUGACAUCGACUUUGGGCUGGAGAGAACAAACUUCACGCUUGUAGAGGACUGGUCCUCUCUGUACAGCAUAAACAAAAAGGGCGGAUGCUCUGUAGUGAACUUGUCAAACACGCCUCCGAGCGCAUGA